AUGCGAAUAUUAGUAGCAUUGUGUGUGUUGAUCUCGCAGCCAAACGCAGAGGCACUGCGCAUGGCCAUAAAUUGUACAAAUACUGGAGAUUGUAGUCACGGCGAAACGUGUGUCGCCGGUGAUUCAGUGACACCUGUUCAAACUUGCGUGGCGGGUGUGGCGUGCGGUGGCUCUACAUCGGGUAGCUGUCCGUCAGAUCUCGUUAAUGGUCAAUUGGCUUGUAUCAAGCGAGACGGCAUUUACAAGUGUUUAUCCAUUGACCGAUGUGAUGAGUAUUUUGGAAACUCGUUAUGCAGUGGUGGAUGUAAUGCAGACGGCGUACAGUGUAGUGGGCAGGGGUCAUGCUCUGUGGCAUCGACAAGUUUGGAUGGGGUUCCGAGUUUUGGCUGUACGUGCAAUAACGGCUUCAGUGGCGACAAGUGCGAGACCGGGGCUACAUCUGGCUCUGCUUCACAGGCUACAAGCAGAAUUUCCAGCACAUCCGGCUCCAUUGCUACGGAUUUUAGUUUGUCUACCAGCUCUUCAUUAGCUAAUGCAUCCUCAAAUACGACCAGCUUGACAUCAGGGUCUGUGGGUGGAUCUAGUGACAGCUCAUUGGAUAGCUCUUGGUCGUCGUUUCCUGCUGCUUUGAUUGGAGAUGACACCAACGACAGAGAAAGAUUGACACCCCAGUCCGAUAGCAGAGGAUCAGAAGCGGUCGACUCGGACUCCAGUGGCACUAGCUCGGCCGUGUUCAUUAUUAUCGGCAUAUUAGCAGCUUGUAUUAUCUUCGGCUCGCUCAUGUUCGCCAUGUAUUCAAGGAAGAGGAAGCGCGAACAGGAGGCGGAAGCUGGUGGCAUUGGGGUACCAGCAGCACUUGCGGCGACUGCAGGCGAGAGCGGUGCUGAUACACCCAAAAGCAACAUUGUCACAAUGUAG